GGCAAGGCGUGGAGUGGUCGAGGGUGGUCUCUCCUAGCGUGGUUCAUCAUACGCUGGCUCUGAAGAUGGACAUUCCGUUGUGGUAUGUGAGGACGUACACCGACGACAGGCCGGAGGACGAUGACAUGACUUCCCGUCAGGAGUUCACGAUUUUGCGGUUGACGUCACUCUAUCACGAUGCGCUCCGAGGCGGUCAAUGGUCCGACGAUGGAAAGAUGUCUCAGUCAAGGUUGAGCAGAAUUGGGGAUGCCUUCUGCCUGCAUCUCGCCGCGUGUAUGUGGAUCAUGCACAUGGGAGUCAAGGACGCGCGCUCCCACGAGGAGGCGUCCUACUACUCGCAACUCGUGGCGAAGCCUACGUUGAUCGCGGCAGGGGCGCAAACCUGUAGCUGGCGCAUGCAUAUUGUCCAGUCCGCAAAUGCAAUUUUGACUCGCCUUGGGAAGCCGCCCUUUACGACGGGUGUGUUUCCCAACUACAUCUCGGAGUGGGCGACAUGCGGAAUGCGCUUCAACUACAACGCUGGUUUGGUGGACCCCGAUAUCACGCCAAAGAUGAAGUGGAUGGGGACAGGACCUUCAAUGGCGAAGGGAAGGAGGACGGAGGCGAUGGUGAUAGAGGGUCGUGAAUGUUGCCGUAGUGGCAGUCUUGCGCCCCGUUCUCGCUUUGUUUGUCGAUGGAGUUAAGCGUUCGUGGUUGUUGGCGCCACACCCAUUGUCUUCAUCUGUGUAUGGUGGGCGGGGGGAGCGGGGGGUUCCCUUGGGCUUAGUUUGACCGAUGAGGCUUUGUAUGUAGACGGGCGAUUUGGUGGUCUGACUUCUUGCCAGUGUACUUAGUUCGAUGGAGCACACACUUGUUUUCUAUACCUAGGUGGGGUGAUACUUGCCUCAUUGCGGCGCGUGUAUGUGGUAGCCGACCAAAGGUGGUCGGGAAAUUUUCCAUUUUUCAUUUUUUCGUGUAGCACGUGCAGUACAAAAUGAAAGCUAUUAAAAUAA